CACAGCAGACCAAUAGCAGAGCCAGGAAUAGAGCCCCAUGACCUUCUGACUCCCAGGCCUGUGCUCUGGUGGAGGAAAAAGUUGGUAUAGUUUAGGCAUGCAUAAGGGUAAGCCACCCUGGAGGCAGUAGACCUAUCAACAUUGUUGGACGGCAAAGCUUCCUCAAAACAAAGCUGGAGAAGGCAGUGAGAGCAGGGAGGAGAGAAAGGCAUUGAGCCAUUUAGAUAUGCAAAGGUAGCACGAGGAGGGUGGGGGAAGAGGAAGGAAAGAGGAAGUGUGUGCUAUGAAAAUAGAAUGAGAAGCAGACUCCUGGCCUCUAAAGAGAUCUCUGUAAAACCUCAGAGCCAGGAAACCACCCCAUCUCAGCUCCUCAAACCAACACCCCCAGUGAACUGGCUCCUUUUGCCCAGGCGGUCUGAAGCGGGGUGCUUACCACCUCUGGGAUUUCAGAGAGGUUUCUAAUCGACGUCUGUAUUUCUGAGGGGGUUGAGCUGUGAGAUGGUCAGGUCCUACGCUCUUGAGGUGGAAAGGAGGAGAGUGACACAUCACCCUUUUGGUGGGUAGGCUGAACCUGAAGGUCAUGUCAGGAAAGUUUUCUGAGCUGAUGGCCUGGGUCUGAGCUGCUGCCAUCCCACGCUGCCCUGGGGAGAUAUGGAGAUUCCUCCCAAUGGCUGGACCCUCUCUUUCCUCCUACUCCUUCUCGGAUUCUCCCAGGCUUCACUCAUUGAAAACUGUCAGAUUUCACUCACCGGAACAGUUGGUCGGUCUGUCCUCCUGCCCUUUGCCUUCGGACUCAAGACACCACUUCCUAAUCCUCUGUUUGUUAAAUGGCAUUUCUCUGAGAAGGAAAUACUUGGCUCCUUCACAGGCCAGAACUGUUCCAUCAGUGCUGACUGUGGGAAUCUCAUCCAUUGUGCAGAGAAGAGGUUCUUUCAGGGUCCGCACUAUCAAGGCCGAGUGGAAUUGUUCCCUGAAAACUUUUCUCUGCUCCUCCCAGACCUGAGACUCAAUGACAGUGGAAUUUACACUGUCAGAACCAAUAAUGUAAUUAUGAAGAUCAAUCUGUCAGUGUUCGCAACGGUGACGGAGCCUCCUGACACCUCCAGAUCAACAGCAGGGAAAAACAAUGACAACCCAGAUUUUGGGGCUCUAAUUGGAGUCAUCAUUAUCGCAAGUUGCUGUGUUUUCAUCCUUCUCCCCUUGCUCAUUCUGUUCUUGAUCAGAAAGAUGAGGGAACGUGCCCAGAAAGUAAAGGAGAAUAGGAUCAUACAGCAACUACAGAUGUCGAGACCAGAGAGACACUGCCUGACGACUCAGCCACUCAGCCUCUCCACAGUUUAUGCAGAAGUUUCAAGAACACAGGGGCACGAACCAUCCACCCUAGAUCCGUUUCCCAUAUAUUCAUCCCUCCAGGUCCCAGAGCGGCAGGCCCGGAGCCGGGCCCAGAAGGAGCAGCAUUUCCAGGGUCCACAUUGAGUUCCCCCAGCUACGAGCUCCCCACAUUGACUUUGACAGGAACCUGGAGUUACAGAAGAAGGGCUGGGCUGGGGAAAAUACAAAGGCAUACCCUCCCCGAGGUUGGCAGGGGCUGGGCAAGGCUGGGGCAAGCUGCAGCAGGGGCCUUGCUGGGCAGGGCUGUGGAGGCCAUCUUUCCUUUUCCUGUUUCAUGACCAUUUCUUGCCCGUAUCAUAAUAAUAAUAAUAAUAAUGAUAUUUGUUAAGUGCUUACUCUGUGUCAAACACUGUUCUAAGA